CCAAAAAAAUGAGAAAAAUUCCUGGAACGGAUUUCUCACAGCGCGUCCGUUGACGGCAUUGGCUCAUUGGGCGCACAUGAACGUUUUAUCUCUUUCCAUCUCAUCUCUCAUAAGAACCCUUUCUUUCAUUUCCAUUGCGAGUUCCCAUGUUCUCAUUCACCAUUUAUUUUAUAAAGCCCAAUCUAUAUUUAACUCCCACCCACGCACCACCGCCCUUUCAUUCUGUCACCCGCCUAAACCCAACCAGUCAGCGCCCACAUAUCUCAUCGAAAGCGCGGGGGAAAACCGACAUCGUUAACCUCAAUCCGGGCUCAACGCGGGGGGCACAACGACCACAAGCAAGGAUCCCACGAUGCCUGAAACGAUGGCCACUCAGUACCCCGAGGCACGGGUCCUGAUCAUCAUGACGGGAGGGACUAUCUGCAUGAGGCAUUCGCCCGCGGGCUUGGUUCCCGCGAGGGGGUUCCUCAAGGAGGGCAUGGCGCCUCGGCCGAGUUUUAAUGACGGGAGUAAUCCUGAUCCCCUCCCGGUAAUGACUUCAGACAACACCCAAGAAUACCUCCCCAGUCUUCGUACCCCACCAAGCACUUACUCCCGCCACGUCCGCUAUACCCUCCACGAAUUUCCCAUCCUACUAGAUUCCUCCUCCAUCUCCUCAGCAGGCUGGACCCAAAUAGCCCUAACAAUCAAACGAAACUACAGUCUCUUCGACGGCUUCGUCGUCCUCCACGGCACAGACUCCCUCGCCUACUCCUCCUCUGCUCUAUCCUUCAUGCUCUCCCACCUCGGAAAACCCGUCAUCCUAACCGGCUCCCAAGCCUCCAUCUUCGCCCUACAAUCAGACGCCACAGAUAACCUCCUCGGCUCCCUCAUCAUAGCAGGAACCUUCAUGAUCCCCGAAGUCUGCCUCUUCUUCCACCACCGCCUCUACCGCGGGAACCGCUGCACCAAAGUAUCCGCAACAUCCUUCGACGCCUUCGCCUCACCCAACUGCGAACCGCUCGCCAAAUCCUCCGCCCUCGGCGCAGAAGUAAACUGGACCCUGAUCCGCCGCCCCAGAACCAUAGCCCGUUUCGACGUCCAGACCAACCUAGACACCGCCCACGUCGCCUGCCUCCGAAUCUUCCCCGGCAUCAAACCCGAGAUGCUGGACUCGGUCCUGCACGUCCCGAAUCUGCGCGGGUUGAUCCUUGAGACGUUCGGAGCGGGGAAUGCUCCCACAGGCGAAGACGGCAGUAUGACGCGGGUGAUAAAAUCCGCCGUCUCGCGCGGGAUAGUCAUCGUCAAUGUCUCACAAUGCCAAUCGGGGUUCGUGUCGCCUUUAUACGCUCCAGGCGCCGCCUUGGGACAAGCUGGCGUGGUAUUCGGCCACGAUCUCACGACUGAGGCUGCGUUGACGAAAUUGUCGUACCUGUUAGCGUUACCGGGGCUAAGCUACGAGGAUAUAACGACGCAGAUGCAACUUUCUAUUCGCGGGGAAAUGACCGAGGAGUCAUUUACCUCGUUCUCGCAUCCCGGGUCCGACGUACCUGUUAUAGCGAACCACCAAACUGCUUUCACGGCACUGGGCCAUGCGAUUACGAAGGGGGAUGUGGAGACCGUUGUUUCGCUGCUGGAUGCUGACAGUCACGGGUUAUUGAACGCGAAGGAUUACGCAGAGAACACGGCGUUGCAUCUUGCUGCCGUGGGGCCGGAUUCUAAGGUCUUGAGAGAGCUGUUGAAGAGAGGUGCUAGCGUGCAUGUCCGGAACUUGGCGGGCAAUACACCGCUUUAUCUAGCUGUCAAGGUGGGCAAUACGGAGAUCGUGCGGCUGCUAGAGGAGAGCGGUGCUUUGCUCCAUGUGGAAGAGUUGGAAAGGGUGAGGAGGCUGGGGAGCGUGGAUGGACAUAUCAGUACCGACAUCGAAGGGAAUGGUGGCGCGGAACUGUCGCCUACGGACACGAGGAGUAGUUGGCUGGGGAGUAGGAACGGAGAUGGACGUGCGGGUGAUCAUGCGAAUGGGUUGCAGAAUGGGCAUUUGAGUGAUACUGCUAAUGGGAAUGGACAUGGGCAUGUUGUUACGCCGCCGAAUGGGACGGUUGGUAGCCACGUUGAUGGGAGUUCUGAUAUCUGAGGUGGGGAGGAGUUGGAGGUGGUAUUUUGUUAGAAAGUGGGUUUGAUGGGUGGCCAUCUUUCUUUAGCGUUGAUACCUAAGUUUUGUUGUAUUGGAG